AUGGCCAAUAAAAGUUACUCUGUUAAAUAUGGCAUUAACGAAGUCCAUGCUGAAUGCCAGCUCAAGGUUCGUCUGGUGUCUGAGGCCAUGCUUUUCAAUAGCGUUACUGUCAGACUUGAUGAUCUGUCUCAAACUGCCUUCCUCUCACCUUUAUUCGAUUACUUUCUUGAAGGAUUAGCUGCUAUAGUACCAUGCCCCAAAGAAAAUAUUUUCAUCUUCAACGUUCAGGAUGACACAGACGUGGAAGCGAAAAUCCUAAACGUGAGUUUCUCGGUACGUCGACCCGAUUCACGUGAUCCAGAUGAUUAUUAUCCACCACAUUACCUCCAAGAGAGGGUAUACUUGAACCGAGCCAUCUUAGCUAGGCUGGCCAAUGUCCAGGUGCUCCCGUUUGAUGACAACCUGUGCGUGCGCGAACCCUGCGUCAACUACGAGGAGUGUUUGUCGGUUCUGAAAUUCGGCAAUGCGUCUGGCUUUAUCUCCUCGAGCACCUUGCUGCUUAGGCCUAUAUAUCCUGUCAACACAUUUGCCUGCCGAUGCCCCAAUGGAUUCACUGGAAUGAAGCACAAGUAUGAAUGCGACACUGAAGUGAAUCUGUGUUACUCCAGCCCUUGUGGUGCCAAUGGGACUUGCAUUCGUAAAGAGGGAGGGUACACUUGCAUUUGCAGAGAUGGUUUCACAGGGGUGAACUGCGAGAUCAACCUGUGGGAAGAUAAAUGUGGAGAGCAUGCCCGAGGAGUUUGCCGAGGAGAUUCCCAGUGUGCUAACCUGAAUGAUGGAGGUUUCAAUUGCGAAAACUGUUCCCGUGCCUCGUGGAGUAGCCGCCUUUGCGAACUGAGGGCUCGGAGUUUCACGAGGGGAGCCUUCCUAACUUUUCCUUCCUUGAGACAAAGACACAGGUUGCACAUCAAGCUGAGAUUUUCAACGAGAGAGAAAAAUGCUCUCAUAUUUUACAAUGGUCGUUAUAAUGACAAGCAUGACUUCAUUGCUAUGGAAAUCAUUGACAGUCAACUGGUGGUUUCAUUUUCUCUGGGAGCGAAUGUUUCACAAGUCUCUGCAACUUUACCAGGAGGCCUCAGCGAUGGACAGUGGCACGAAGCAGAACUUAGCUAUCUUAAUAGGACUGCCACUUUGAGUAUUGAUCACUGUGAUGUUGGUGUCGCGGUUAAGUAUGGUGACGAGCUGGAAUACAAGUGCGCAAAUUCAGUAACACAUGAGUUAGAGCCCAGGUGUGCAGAUUUGAUGCAGACUUGUUAUAGAUUUUUGGAUUUAACUGGACCCCUCCAAAUCGGUGGAUUGCCUGCAUUGCCAUCUGAUUUUCAGAUCAAGAACAAGGACUUCGUUGGCUGUAUGAUGGACUUGUACAUUGAUCACAAAAUGGUCGAUCUGAACACCUUUGUGGCAGAUAAUGGUACGCUUGUAGGAUGUCCACAGAAGAAAGGUUUCUGCCAUUCACAACCUUGUCAAAAUGGAGGUACUUGUGAAGAAGGAUGGGGCUCUUUUGUUUGUCACUGUCCAGUUGGAUUUGGUGACAAGGACUGUAGUUCAAAUCUUUGGAAAAAGCUUGAUCAAGAUGUGGAACCAGUACGUCAUUUCCUUGGUGAUGGCUUUCUUAUAUUUACGCCGCACACACGUCCAAUUCAGCAAGAGUGGCCCAUUAGUUUGUCAUUUAGAACUCGUCAAAAAGAUGGACUUCUGAUGAAAGCACAACUUGGUCAAGCAAGCUUUGUAACUCUUGAAAUAUCUGGAGGAUUUUUGAAGUAUAGCUUUAAUGAACAAUUUUUUAUGAUGAAAGAUGUUUCUGUCAGUGAUGGCAUUUGGCAUAAUGUAGAAGCAAAAUGGAUGGCUGCUGGAGUUUGGCUUAACCUUGAUUAUGGCCAAUUUGAGGUUGUAAGACAGUUAGAAGGUCACAUACGUGGACUUUAUGUUGGAAAAGUGUCUGUAGGAGGAGUUCAACCCUCUGAAGGCCCUGAAAAUUUAGUGUUUUUUAAUGGCUGUAUUCAGGAUGUGAGAGUGGAUAUGAAUAGGGAUGCUUGGCUGAGACCAUCGUUGGAGAGCAAUGUCCGUGAUGGCUGUCGAAUUCAGAACCCAUGCCAUGGAAAUCCUUGCCCUGCAAAUAGUACUUGUGUCGAUUUAUGGGAUCAUCAUGAAUGCCAUUGUAAUAUGGGAUUUGUUGGAAAGCAAUGUUUACCCGUAUGUGAGGUCAAUCCUUGUGCUGCUGAAUCUGUAUGUAAGGCUUCCACAAAAGUUUCUAUGCAUGAAAAUCACAAGUAUGGAUAUAAAUGCGAGUGUGAUGCUCACCACACUGGAGAAUAUUGUGAUUUGCCAUUAGAUCAUCCAUGUCCAUCAAAUUGGUGGGGAUAUCCUAUAUGUGGACCCUGCCACUGUGAUACAAGUAAAGGAUACGAUGCCAAUUGUAAUAAAACAAACGGAGAAUGCACAUGUGAGGAUAAGCACUUCCAACCGCUCCACAGUGAUAUUUGCUUUGAUUGUGAUUGCUAUGCUACAGGUUCAUUUGGAAAUCGCUGUGAUCCAAUAACAGGUCAAUGCAAGUGUAGAGCUGGUGUGAUUGGUAGAAGAUGUGAUUCAUGCUCAAAUCCAUUUGCAGAAGUUACCUUAAGAGGCUGUGAAGUUGUAUAUGAUGGAUGCCCACAGUCAUUCAGUAUGGGAAUUUGGUGGGAUCGGACAUUAUUUGAUCAAGAAGCAACACAUCCUUGUCCUAAAGGCUCUGUUGGAAAAGCUAGCAGAUAUUGUGCUCAGGAUACAGGGUGGGAAGAACCAGAUCUUUUCAAGUGUACAUCAGAAACAUUCCUUGAAUUGGCUGAUCAGUUAUCAGUCAUUGAAAGAGAUAAGUUGCCUUUGAGUACAUAUCUGGCUGUUAAAAUAUCAUCAGACCUGCAGAUUGCCACUAACAGAACCAAAACCUUGUAUGGUAGUGAUAUCCUAAUUGUUGAUCGCAUGCUAUAUCAUGUGUUAAAGUAUGAAACUCAACAAGGAGGACUGAAUUUAACUCAUCGACAAGACAAAGACUUCAUCCAGAGUCUUGUUGAAUCUGCAAGCAAAAUUUUAGAACCACGAUACACUGACAUGUGGGAGAGAAUUGCAACUUUUACAGGAACUGGACCUGAACAUUUAUUACUAAUGUUUGAGAAGUAUGGAAAGACUUUGAUUCAAAAUCAAGAAGACACUUUUACAGAACCAUUUGAAGUUGUAGCAAAAAAUAUGGCCUUUGGUUUGGAUACUGUAUCUUCUUCAGAACUUUGGGCUCUUCCUUCUGAAUCAUCAUUUUCAACAAACGCCACUUUCACCCCUGAAGCUUCUAAAUUUGUUGACUUUAGUAACCAUGAAGAAGGUCCAGCAGUUUUGAUUCCCAAGUACAAUAAUUUUCCUGUCAGGAAAAGAUUUUUAGAUGAUGUAACAAAAGCAAUUGUGCCGAUCAAAAUUUUAAAUGUGAAACCUGCUGAAGCAAUGAGAAAAGCCAAGGGAAUGCAGACUUCAAAAGAUUCAGCCAUUGUGGCUUACAUUGUGUACCCUACUGUUGGUCAAAUGCUUCCUAGUUUUUAUGACGCAUCAAUCAGACAACGCUUUGGAAUAUCUUUAUCAGCUAAUACUCCUAUGGUGACAAUCAUUGCACAACCUGCUAAUAAAAGUACAAUUUUAGAAGAUGAACUGAGUCAUAACUUGCACUUUAAGUUCAGACUUCAUGAUGUUUUAGAGCAUUCAAACCCACAAUGUGCUUUCUGGGACUACUCUAUUGGAUCCAGAGGAAAGUGGUCCACUGAUGGUUGCCUAACAUUAGGAGGUAAUUUCAUCACAACCAAUGGAGUACAACCCUAUAUAAUUUGUUCCUGCUCUCAUUUCUCCACUUUUGGUGUUCUUAUGGAUAUCACAGACAAAGAAUAUUUUAUGGAGGAAUCAACUGCUCAAGACGUUGUUUCCUACUUGGGCAUUGUUAUUUCUUUGCUGAUGUUACUGGCAGCUUUUCUCAUUUUUUGCUUGCUUAGAGGACCUCAGACAAACAGUAACAAUAUACAUAAAAACCUUGUGGCCUGCAUCUUCAUUGCUGAGCUUUUAUUCCUUGUGGCCUUAAAAUUAAGGAGACCUCUUGUCCAGAGAGAGUUUCCCUGCAAAGUGAUGGCUAUCAUGUUACACUACAUGUUCCUUUGUGUGUUUUCCUGGAUGUUUCUAGAAGCUGUUCAUCUCUACAGAAUGCUUACUGAAAUGAGGGACAUAAACCAUGGUCAAAUGAGGUUUUACUACUCCAUUGGCUAUGGUGCUCCUGCUAUAGUUGUUGGACUUUCUGUUGGAGUUAGAGCUGACCAAUAUGGAAAUUACUUUUUUUGUUGGCUUUCUAUUUACGAAAGUGUAAUAUGGAGUUUAGUUGGACCUAUUUGUUUUGUAGUUCUUUUGAAUCUGGGAGUAUUUGCCAUGGCUAUUAGAGCAAGUGUACAAAUUAAAGAUACUGUCAUGGACUUUGGAAACCUGAGAACUGUGCUGUGGCUGGGAAUAGUGUUACUACCACUUCUUGGUGCAACUUGGGUCCUUGCUAUUUUAUCUGUGAAUGAAUCUUUAGAAGUGCUCCAUUAUAUCUUUUCUAUAUUUUCUUGCAUUACUGGUGUAUACAUAUUUAUUGGAUAUUGUAUAAUUAACAAAAAGGUGAGACAACAACUACGCCACACGUGGGCACGUGUUCGAGGAAAAAAGGUGCCUUAUGAUGAAAAUCUUAGUGGUACAAGAACUACUGUUGUCUCUCGAUCAGCUCUGGCUUAUCAAAACUCUUCAUUUGAUGUUUUACAACGAAAUAUGGGUAUCUCUACUUCAUCAACAACUAGCCGAUCAACCACUAAAACUUCCAGUAGUCCUUAUCGCUCUGACACUCAUUUAAAAAAUACUUCUACUUCUACUUCACAUGCAGGCUCAGAACCAAGGAGAAGGUCUUCUCGCAAAGGAUAUCUGUAUGGAAGGCACAGGCAUAAACAAAGAGUUGUAGAUGACCCAGAUACUGGAGAGAUUAAUAGAAGAAGAAUGCGAGAUUCUGAUUCUGAAAGUGACAACUCUCUUGACCAUGCCUCUCUUGAUCUUGCAUCAAGUCACUCUUCUGAUGAAGAUGAAUACAAUGGAGAUACUUGGAAGAAGAAAACUGCAAAAGAACCACCUGAAGUGCCACCCAAGCCUAAUAUUAUAAGUGAUACGCCUUUGUAUGGGACUGCAACAGGGCCUACCAAAGGUUUCAACCUUCCUCCUCUUACUUCUGGAAACAUUGGUAGCAACAUUUCACCCUAUGCACACUAUACAAGUUCCUGGGGUCUUCCUCGCAACAUAAUUCCUUCAACUCCUGUGGGACCAAGUGAAGGCAUUGGGUUGACUGUGGGCUUGCCUGCCAGGGAUACCAUUGUUCCCUGGGGCAGGGGAAACACAAACAGAGAGAAAGGAGCCAAUGUGCCACAACGUUUGCAAGAUAUUUCUUCAUAUCUUGAUCCAAAUUUCACACCAGAACUGCUAGAUGAAGUUUCAAGUCCUGAGCAACUGCCUGUACCAGAGAGAGGGGACAGUCUUCACUCUAGUGUGAAUAAUGUAAAUAAUAAUUUAAAUGUAGGGUUGAGCAGUGAACGAGAGCUGAGCCAAUCUGAGAAUGACAAAGAAAAGAACACAAAUGUGACCUCAGCACUAGAAGGAAAAAAAGUGGUUUUGCCUCCACUGACUGCAGCAGAAGUAUCAUCUGAAUCAGAAGAGAGUCAUGAAACAUCUGUGUGAUAUUAAGAAAAAAGAAAUGAUGUGAAUGCUGUCAUUCUACUUAUUUAUAUUGCUACAUCAUCCAAGUCAUCCCAUUACAGCCAACUUAUUACACUCAUUAUGAUGUAAAUAUGUAAUCGUAGGAUUCAAAUUAAUUCUGUGCAAUUAACUUCCAUGCUCUAGUUAAAUGCCAAAAUAUUUCUUUGCUGUGUAAUAUGGGCUUUCUGCAAAAUAUGAGAGAAUACAUGAACUGGCGAGAAUUUAGUGCAUAGCACUUUUAGAGUUAUUGACUUGAAGUAUAUGUUUUAAACCAUAAGUGAUCUUUUUAUGCAUUUUUUUCUGGUUAAAAUAAAAAUAUUUUCAUCCAAGUUCUAGUAGAACUUUUAGUGCCAAAUACAUUUUUCAUUGAAAUCCAUUCAGAAUUAAUGAUUAACAGUCCUUAAUUGACCUUACAGCUUGAAAUAAAAGUUUAAAAAUAUGGGUAAACUCACUCAAUUAUUUUGCACUGCAUAAAUGGCUUGUAUUUUGCACCUUUAACUUCAUUUCAUUCAGCCACCUGCCAAAUUUGUCUGGAUUUUUGAGGGUCUACUGUAUUAGAUUUCAAAUUUUAUUGACUAACCAAAAUAAAAAAUAUAAGUUUGAAAUCACUUAAUUAAAUUUUUAAAACUGUGAUUCAUGUCAUUUUUUUGUAUAUGGUCUUUUGAGUUACUCUAUGCAAUUUGCAUAUGUCGAACAAAGUUUUAAGCUAAAUUUUAAUGACGCUAAAACAGGAAAAUAAAUAAAAGCAUAAAUAAAAAAUAUGUUUUAACUGUAAUUUUUUAAAUUUUAUUUUAGCAUAACAAGAAAUAAAUCUAAAAAUUCGAAGUUUUUCCUUCUUUGUUGCAAACAUUGAAAUGAUCCAUCAUUCCCAAUUAAAAAACUACCAUAUCUUUCUUGUGUAUAAAUUAAAUUGUGUUUUUGCCCUUAAGCUAGGGCUGAGGCAGAACUACACGUGUAUACUGACAGCCCAGUUACGGUUAUCCAAAGACUGCAGUUUUAUCUGUAUGAACUCAUCAGCCUGGAAUAGUUAAUAACCAUGCUGGAGGCAGAUGUCCUCUCAUUGAAGCUGAGAUAAGCUUCAAACGUGCAGCUAAAAUUAAUUUAGCACACCAACAAGAGUCUGCAAGCAAAAGUGUGACUCAACUCGUAAAAUGAUGGUAAAAGAUUUAAGUAAUAAUUUGUAAGUUACCACUUAAGUCACAGCUAAGACAAAAACUAGUGUAUCAAUCUGACCCCCCCCCCCCACACACACACUUUUUUUUUAAGUUCAAUGCAGGGAAAAAAAUAUUUUUUGCGAAAUACAUAAGUUGAGUCACAUUUUUCCAUUUUUUAAAAAAUCAAAUUUUGAUGAAUCAUUGCUGAUAAACUGGAAUACAAUGCUGAAUGACGAAACAAAUACAUAUUUUCUUUAACUGAGAUUUAUGAGGAUUCGUAUUCUAUAGAUUUUGUGAACUGUGCAAAUAAUUUUUCUGUUUUAGAAGAUAUUUAUGAUCAAAGAUUUAUGAAAAUUAUUCGAUUUAUGUACGAGUAUGUAUGCUAAGACAUUUAUGGAAAAUAAUACGUCUUCCAUUCCAGAAUAUUUUCUUUAUAACUUUUUCAUUUAUGACUUAUUUAAGAACGUACAUGCCUCUUAUACAGUUACAAAUGUAUAUGGUACAGACAUUUAUUAUAUCAAAUCAAUGCCUGCAUAAAAAAUAUUUAUUGCUGAAUUCUUUCAGUAUAUCAUUGUUCAUCUUUCUGCACAUGAUUGCUUUAUAUGUAAUGUAAAAAAGAAACUUCAAUCAAAGCUGUAUUUCAAAAAUUAUGCAUAAAUGUAUCUGCAAAUACACCUUUCUUUUGAAUAGAGAAUAGUAAAAUUAAGAAAAUUUUAUGCGAUAUUUACUGCUUUUUGUAAUAUUUGAAUCAUCGUGCCUUUUUUAAAUGCUUUACUUCUAACAUUCCAUGUAUGUGUUGUUACUAUUAAGACUGACUACUGAAAACAUUCCAUUGUAAAUAAAAUGUAGCAUAUGACCAUUUCAAGUUUGUGUAAAUAUGUAACUUAAAAUAUGAACAAACAUCAUUUUCUUGUUUCAUUUAUUUUUUGUGUAAA